GUCAAGAUUUUAUUACAUUUAAUGUUCGUUUAUAAAUUGUAUUGAUAGGUCUACCAUCCGCAAGAAGUCGAGUAUGGUGGAAAGCAUGUGCUUGACAAAUAUGAAUAAAGGUCUAUUGAUCUGUGUACCGUAUGCGGCUAAUAUCGGCGGUACAGCGACCAUUACGGGAACAGGACCGAACCUUAUCGCCAGUAAUCUAGCAUCGACUGAUUACGGGUCGGAAGCGGGUGUAAAUUUCCUAACGUGGAUGUUAUUUGCAACCCCAAGUAUGUUGGUCUGCCUCUUUCUUGCCUGGCUAUGGUUGCAGUAUAUGUUUCUAGGAUGCAGUUGCAAGUUUUGGCGCUGUAGUUGCUUACGCAAGCAGGAACAUCGACAGCAGAUUGAUGGCUUUGAUGAAGAUUCUGUUAAGCAAGUGCUGCGUCGUCAGUAUAACGAGCUUGGACGAAUGAGUUUCGCAGAGAAAGCAGUUCUGGGCCACUUUGUUGUUCUCAUGCUUUUAUGGUUAACACGUGAUCCUAAAUUCAUUUCUGGUUGGUCGGUUUUGUUUAAAGAUAAGUAAGUUGACCUUUUUAUAAUCUCUCAUGUUUUUUUGGAAAAAAAAUAUA